AAUGCCAACAGUGUCUUACAAAAUUCCCCGUCCAAGAAAAAAUCGCAAGAUGUGCUGUGCCGCAGGCGCCCGAUUUCUGAUAAGAAAUGUCAAAAUGUCAAAACAUCAAUUGCCCAUUCUCCGCUCGUGUUAUCCGGCCGUCAUGUAACACACCUAUAUUUUGAUUACCAAUAAAUAUUCCAACAGAAACGCCAAUUGUACAAAUUUUCGGGUAGUAACACAAAGUGGAGCAAACUUGCUGUUAGACGGUCGUUAGCUACGCGCGCCAGUGAUAUUCUCGUCAAUUUCGCCAACGUCGUCCCAUACGGAAAAGAAAUUGUCCCUCAAAUGCAAUGAAAUUCUACUCUGAAUCCGAUGAGAUUUCGACGCGGCAAAAUGUUAACUUCAAAGCAGUUAUUUUUGUUGAUUAUCGUGGCGGCUCUGGUGGUUAUUAGCUGCGCAUUCUAUUGGAUUUUGUUUACAGAGUUUAGGAGUAACCGCUUGGCAGAUGGCGCAGCGUUGCGAUCAGCCGCCGGGGGUCCUUCGUCUUCCUUAGCCUUGUCAGCGCCUGCUACAUAUGAUUUCGAUCAAAAUUUGGUUGUGAUUUAUAAUCGUGUCCCAAAAACAGGGUCAACGAGUUUCGUGAAUAUUGCCUACGAUCUCUGUAAACGGAAUAAGUAUCAUGUGCUACAUAUCAACGUAACGGCCAACAUGCAUGUGCUAUCGUUGCCGAACCAGGUCAGUUUUGUACGGAAUGUUACAGGGUGGAAUGCCAUGAAGCCAGCACUUUAUCAUGGUCAUAUGGCCUUUCUUGAUUUUUCCAGGUUUCAAAUGCCCUUCAAACCAAUUUACAUUAAUUUAGUGCGUAAGCCGUUAGAUAGAUUAGUUUCAUAUUAUUAUUUCCUACGUUACGGUGAUAACUAUAGGCCAAACUUAGUGAGAAAGAAAGCUGGUAAUAAAAUGACAUUUGAUGAGUGCGUGGAAGAAAAGCAACCCGACUGUGAUCCGAAAAAUAUGUGGCUGCAAAUACCAUUUUUCUGUGGGCAUGCAGCAGAAUGCUGGGACCCUGGCAGCGAAUGGGCACUAAAUCAAGCUAAGCAAAAUCUUGUUAAUGAGUACUUUUUAGUAGGAGUAACUGAGGAGAUGGAAGAUUUCAUAGAUCUCCUAGAGAAAUCAUUGCCACGGCUAUUUAAAGGCUUCAAAGAACACUAUCAACAUUCCAAUAAAUCACACUUACGGCAAACUUCAUCAAAAAUUCCACCCAGUGAUGAGACUAUAGCCGCAAUAAAACAAUCUAAAAUAUGGAAAAUGGAGAAUGAAUUAUAUGAAUUUGCCUUGAAACAGUUUCAAUUCACAAGAAAGAAAUUGACUAUUCCCGAUAAAAAUAAGCUACAAACUUUUAUGUAUGAGAAAAUACGACCAAAGUAAUAACAUUCAACGUGUAUUUUAUUUAGAAAUAAUUUAGUAAUUAUUUUAUGUAUUAAAAAUACUCGAAUCAUUCGAUAUGUCUUGUUUUCCAAUAUAGUUUUCAUAUACAUUUGUAGAUAGAUAAUGUUUUUGAUAUUUUAUGCGCUCCCUUCCUUGAGAAAUUCUGUUAUUUUUCGCAGCUUAAAGAUUGUAUGACUGAAUUUUAUUUUUUAUAUAUUUUACAAUAUAUUCCCUUAAACCAUUUUGUUACGCUAAGAAGCAAAGAAACUAAUUUUGUUUAAAACACGGAUAGGAAAAUAGAACGAAUGAAAUAAAGUGCUAAGAUUUUAUAAAGAA